AUGCCCCAGCUCCCAGCCCCCAUCCUCCAAGCCCCAUCCUCCAUACCCCAGCUCCCAGCCCCCAUCCUCCAAGCCCCAUCCUCCAGCCCUCAUCUCCUAGGCCCUAUCAUCCAUCCCUCAUCAUCCAACUCCCAGCCCCCAGCUCCCAGCCCCAGGCUCCCAUCCUCCAGCUCCCAUCCUCUAGCUCCCAGACCCCAUCCUCCAGCCCCCAUCUUCCAGCCCCCAGCCUCCAGGCUACAGCUCCCAGCUCCCAGCCCCCUGCCCCCAUCCUCUAGCCACCAUCCUCUAGCCCCCAUCCUCCAGCCCCCAUCCUCCAGGCCCCAGCUCCCAUCCUCCAGUCUCCAGCCCCCAUCUUCCAGCCCCAUCCUCCAGUCUCCAGCUCCCAGCUCUCAGCCACCAUCCUCCAGACCCCAGCUCCCAGCUGCCAUAUUCCAGCCCCAUCCUUCAGUCUCCAGCUCUCCAGGUCCCAGCUCCCAGCUCUCAGCCACCAUCCUCCAGCCCCCACUCCCAGCCCCCAUCCUCCAAGCCCCAUCCUCCAGCCACCAGCUCCUAGCCCCCAUCAUCCAGCUCCCAGCCCCCAGUUCCCAGCACCCAGCUCCAGCCCCAAGCUCCCAGCCCCCAGCUCCCAUCCUCCAGCUCCCAUCAUCUAGCUCCCAGCCCCCCUCCUCCAGCUCCCAUCCCCCAUCCUUCAGCUCCCAGCCCCAAUCCUCCAGCUCCCAGUCCCCAGCUCCCAGCCCCCAGCCCCCAUCCUCCAGCUCCCAGCCCCCACUCCCCAGCUCCCAGCUCCCAUCCUCCAGCUCCCAUCCUCCAGCUCCCAGCUCCCAUCCCCCAGCUCCCAUCCUCCAGCUCCCAUCCUCUAGCUCCCAGCCCCCAUCUUCCAGCCCCCAUCUUCCAGCCCCCAGCCUCCAGCUCCCAGCCCCCAGCCCCCAUCCUCUAGCCCCCAUCCUCCAGCCCCCAUCCUCCAGCCCCCAUCCUCCACCCCCAUCCUCCAGCCCCCAUCUUCCAGCUCCCAUCCUCCAGUCCCCAGCCCCCAUCUUCCAGCCCCAUCCUCCAGUCUCCAGCUCCCAGCUCUCAGCCCCAUCCUCCAGUCCCCAGCUCCCAGCCCCCAGCCCCCAUCUUCCAGCCCCAUCCUUCAGUCUCCAGCUCCCAGCUCUCAGCCACCAUCCUCCAGCCCCCAGCUCCCAGCUGCCAUCUUCCAGCCCCAUCCUCCAGUCCCCAGCUCCUAGCCCCCAGCCCCCAUCUUCCAGCCCCAUCCUUCAGUCUCUAGCUCCCAGCUCUCAGCCACCAUCCUCUAGCCCUCAUCCUCUUGCCCCCAUCCUCCAUACCCCAGCUCCCAGCCCCCAUCCUCCAAGCCCCAUCCUCCAGCCCCCAGCUCCUAGCCCCCAUCAUCCAGCCCUCAUCAUCCAACUCCCAGCCCCCAGUUCCCAACUCCCAGCCCCCAGCUCCCAGCCCCAGGCUCCCAUCCUCCAGCUCCCAUCCUCUAGCUCCCAGACCCCAUCCUCCAGCCCCCAUCUUCCAGCCCCCAGCCUCCAGUCUACAGCUCCCAGCCCCCAGCCCCCUGCCCCAUCCUCUAGCCACCAUCCUCUAGCCACCAUCCUCCAGCCCCCAUCCUCCAGUCCCCAGCUCCCAUCCUCCAGACCCCAGCCCUCAUCUUCCAGCCCCAUCCUCCAGUCUCCAGCUCUCAGCUCUCAGCCCCCAUCCUCCAGCCCCCAGCUCCCAGCUGCCAUCUUCCAGCCCCAUCCUCCAGUCCCCAGCUCCCAGCCCCCAGCCCCCAUCUUCCAGCCCAAUCCUUCACUCCCAUCUUCCAGCCCCCAUCCUCCAGACCCCAGCUCCCAGCCCCCAGCCCCCAGCUCCCAUCCUCUAGCUCCCAGCCCCCAUCCUCCAGCCCCCAGCUCCCAGCUGCCAUCUUCCAGCCCCAUCCUCGAGUCCCCAACUCCCAGCCCCCAGCCCCCAUCUUCCAGCACCAUCCUUCAGUCUCCAGCUCCAAGCUCCCAGCUCUCAGCCACCAUCCUCCAGCCCCCAGCUCCCAUCUUCCAGCCCCAUCCUCCAGUCCCCAGCUCCCAGCCCCCAUCCUCUAGCCCUCAUCCUCUAUCCUCCAUACCCCAGCUCCCAGCCCCCAUGCUCCAAGCCCCAUCCUCCAGCCCCCAGCUCCUAGCCUCCAUCAUCCAGCUCCCAGCCCCCAGUUCCCAGCCCCCAGCUCCAGCUCCCAGCCCCCAGCUCCCAGCCCCCAGCUUCCAUCUUCUAGCUCCCAGCCCCCAUCCUCCCAUCCUCCAGCUCCUAGCCCCCAUCAUCCAGCUCCCAGCCCCCAGCCCCCAGCUCCAAACCCAGCUCCCAUCCUCCAGCUCCCAUCUUCCAUCCUCCAGCUCCCAUCCUCUAGCUCCCAGCCCCCAUCCUCCAGCUCCAAGUCCCCAUCCUCCAGCUCCCAGUCCCCAUCUCCCAGCCCCCAUCCUCCAGCUCCCAGCCCCCAUCCUCCAGCUCCCAGCCCCCACCCCCCAGCUCCCAGCUCCCAUCCUCCAGCUCCCAUCCUCCAGCUCCCAUCCACCAGCUCCCAGCCCCCAGCUCCCAUCCUCUAGCUCCCAGCCUCCAUCCUCCAGCCCCCAUCUUCCAGCCCCCAGCCUCCAGUCCCCAGCCCCCAUCUUCCAGUCCCAUCCUCCAGUCUUCAGCUCCCAGCUCUCAGCCACCAUCCUCCAGCCCCCAGCUCCCAGCUGCCAUCUUCCAGCCCCAUCCUCCAUCUUCCAGCCCCAUCCUUCAGUCUCCAGCUCCCAGCUCUCAGCCACCAUCCUCCAGCCCCCAGCUCCCAGCCCCCAGCCCCCAUCUUCCAGCCCUAUCCUCCAGUCUUCAGCUCCCAGCUCUCAGCCACCAUCCUCCAGCCCCCAGCUCCCAGCUUCCAUCUUCCAGCCCCAUCCUCCAGCCCCCAGCCCCCAUCCUCUAGCCCCCAUCCUCUAG